CGCCAGUACUCCAAGCUCAUUUGAUUUCUCACUCUCUCACCUCCAAACCCCACCGCACUUUCGCAUCAGCAUGUCGUCGUCGUCGGCCGCCCAAUCCGUCGUCGAGCACAUAGUCCUCUUCAAGCUGAAAGACAACACCGACCCCUCCAAGGUCAACGCCUGGGUCGACGGCCUCAACGCCCUGAGCUCACUCGGCCUCACCCUCCACCUAACCGCCGGCGCCCUCCUCCGCAUCCGAUCCUCCCCCUUCGCCUUCACCCACCUCCUCCACAGCCGCUACAAAUCCAAGGACGACCUCGCCGCCUAUGCCGUCCAUCCCACCCACAUCAGCGUCGUCAAGGAAGGCCUCCCGUUUUGCGAUGACAUCAUGGCCGUUGACUGGAUUGCGGAUGGGCUGACAGGCCCGGUGGGCCUCUCUCCGGCAUCCGCGAUCCGCGUCACGGUUUUGAAGCUGAAGGAGUUGGGGGAGGCGGCAAAAGGUGAGGUUUUGGAGGCGAUUAAAGGGAUCAAGGGGAAGUUCGGCGAGGUGGGUCAGGUCACAAUCGGAGAGAACUUCUCGCCGGGCAGAGCCAAAGGGUAUUCGAUUGCGUCGGUGGCGGUUUUUAAGGGAGUGAAGGAGAUGGAGGAGGUGGAUUCCAAGGAGGAGCUGGCAAAGCCUGAGAAGGACAAGGUAACGGAGUAUUUGGAUAACGUGAUUGUUGUUGAUUAUGUGGUUCCGUCACCGCAAUCUGCAAGUGUCUGAACAUGUAUUAUCGGAUUCCGGUCAUUCAAAUUAUGCUUUGAAAUAAGGUUAUGCAAUUAUCAUGGUACACUCUUGUUUGUAUAUUACCAAUGUACACUCCUGUUUGUAUGUAUCAGCUAUGAAGUAUCAUAUUGUGAA